AUGUCGGCUGCUUGCUGCUCUCGCACCCCAAUUGGAGCCAGUGAGGCCGUCCCCGUCCAGCAAAUCGGCGGCUUGGAUACUUAUGUUGCGGGCAACACCUCCUCCAAGCGUGGUGUUAUCAUCAUCUAUGACAUCUUCGGCUUCUAUUCGCAGACUCUCCAAGGUGCUGACCGUCUCGCUGAGCAGCUCGGUGCCGUAGCUCUUGUCCCCGACUUCUUGGAAGGUGUUUACGCCGAACACUCCUGGACUCCUCCAGACACUGAGGAGAAAAAGGCAGCUUUUUCAAGCUUCUUUGCCAACACCGCCGCUCCCCCGCUGAACAUCCCCAAGGUCAAUGCCGUCAUUACAGAGGCCAAGUCUAAAUUUCCUAGCGUUGAGAAGUGGGGUGUCGUGGGACUGUGCUGGGGUGGAAAGCUUUCUGCUCUAGUCAGUACUCAAGGAACAGAGUUUGCUGUCUCCGGUCAGGUUCAUCCAGGUCUGUUUGAUGCCAAAGAUGCCAAAGCUAUCGUAAUCCCUCACAUUGUCCUCGCCUCUAAGGAUGAAGACGCCUCUACAACAGCUGCCUACAAGGUUGCUCUUGAAGAACGUGCCGGCUUGGACUCGUACGUCGAUACCUAUUCCACCCAACACCACGGCUGGAUGGGCGCACGUGCCGAUCUCGACGAUGCCGAGAACAAGAAGGAGUUUGAGCGAGGAUACAAGGAGAUUGGAGACUUCUUUGCUAAGCAUCUGUGA